AUGACCUUUGGAUAAAUGAAAAAGCGAAACAAGUUUUUAAAAAACAAACAAAAAACUGCUACUAUAUAUAAUGUACAGAAACUGCAUUUGGGAUAUUAACAGUGUCCAGUUAGAAUGGAUACAACGCUGCGAGGUUUUGUAACAUCUGUGAUUUUCCUGCUGGUUUACUUUAGUAUCAAGUGCAAAGCUACAGUUUGUCCUAAUUCAUUCAACCUGAUACAUGGAAAAUGUAUUCAAUACAACAACAAUAAAAUACCAUGGUCUGGUGCAAGAUCUGACUGUAGAGGAAAGGGAGGCGACCUCAUUAGUAUAACAUCACAAGCUAUAUACCAAGAACUUAAAACCUACUGUGAACGUAGCAACAGAUUGUCUGACCGUGUCUUGUGGGUUGGUGCUGAAGAAAAAGGCACUGGCACCUUCCGAUGGUUUGAUGGUAGGUCAUGCUGCGGGGGUUGGUGGGCUCCGAACGAACCUAACGGCAACGGUGGAGAGCGAUGUGUUCAUUAUGUUGACAGAAGUGAUGGCAAAGGUGCUGCUUUAAACGAUGGAAAAUGUGGUGUGUCAUGGGCGUUUGUUUGCGAAUCACCAGCAUGUAAUUCUGUGAACCACUGCGUAGAAGAUAAUCAAGAAUGUACCGGACUGGCAAUAUCACAACACCGCUGUAAGAACUGUACGCAAAGUUAUUACAGUGCAGGCUGGGGAUUCGGAUGCAAAGCUGUUUGUUGGUUGGAUGGUAUUCUGGAGAAGGCAUUUUUGUUGGGACACGAAAAUGCAGAUAAGUUUUAUGUAAUAUUGUUGUUGAUGGUGAUAGUGAUUGGUGAUGAUGAUGAUAGUGAUAUGAUGAUGAUUGUGAUAUUAUGA